AUGGACGAUUCUCCUCCCUCCUCCGCUGAGCAUCGCAUGAUCUUCCGCUCGGAGGAGAUGAGCCUCGCCCAGCUCUAUAUACAAAGCGACUCCGCUUACAACUGUGUUGCUGAACUCGGCGAACUUGGACUCUUUCAAUUUCGAGACUUAAACCCGGAUGUGAGCUCUUUCCAACGGAAGUAUGUGAAGGAAGUCCGCCGUUGUGACGAGAUGGAGCGAAAACUGAGGUUCCUUGAAACCGAAAUCCGAAAGGACUACGUGCCAAUGUUGGAGGCACGCGAUGACUGUCCCGUUCCCGUACCAAAAGAGAUGAUGGACCUAGAACUCACAUUCGACAAGCUGGAGGCCGAGCUGCGUGAUGUCAUCCGCAAUGAAGACACCUUGAAGAAAAAUGUCAAUGAACUCACCGAACUGAAGCAUGUCCUCCGCAAAGCGCAACUGUUUUUCGAAGAAAAUCACGAUGACCAAACGGCCGAGGCUACAUUGAUCCCGCUGGAUAUAUCUCGGGACGCCACAGCAGAACUAUCCUUGCUGAUGCAGCUCAACUUUGUGAUGGGCGUCAUCAGACGAGAACGCUUCCCCGCUUUCGAGCGACUACUCUGGCGUGUUUGCCGCGGCAAUGUCCUCAUCAGACAAGCGGAACUCGAAGAUCCAGGGCAAUGUCAGAUUACGGGCGAAACCAUCAGCAACACGGUGUUCAUCAUUUUCUUCCAAGGUGACCUCCUGAAGCUCAAAAUUAAGAAGAUUUGCGAGGGAUUUACUGCCACGCUUUAUCCCUGCCCAAAUACGGCCCAAGAAAGACGAGAGAUGUCGAUUGGCGUGCUGACCCGAAUCGAGGAUUUGAAGACCGUCCUCGGGCAGACGCAAGAUCACCGGCAUCGUGUUUUGGUGUCCGCUAGCAAAAACGUCCAACUGUGGCUGAAGAAAGUGCGGAAAAUGAAGGCCGUCUACCACUCGCUGAACCUUUUCAACUUGGAUGGCACACAACGCUGCUUGGUCGCCGAGGGGUGGUGUCCGACGGAUGACCUGGACAAGAUCCGAUUGGCGCUGAUCAGGGGAACGGAAGCUUCCGGCUCUCAAGUGCCAUCGAUUCUACACGUCGUCGACGCCGCCGAAAAUCCUCCAACCUACCACAAAUCGAACAAGUAUACGAAGGGAUUCCAGAACAUUGUCGAUUCCUACGGCAUGGCCAGCUAUCGGGAAAUCAACCCCGCGCCCUACACGAUGAUCACCUUCCCUUUCCUGUUCGCCGUCAUGUUUGGCGACAUGGGCCACGGAUUAGUCAUGCUCAUGGCCGGCCUCUUCUUCAUCUUCACGACAUUCUUCAACGGUCGCUACGUCAUCCUGUUGAUGGGCCUUUUCUCAAUCUAUACCGGCUUCAUCUACAACGAUGUCUUUAGCAAGUCGAUGAACAUCCUUAGCAGCUCGGCCUGGAAAAACAGCUACAGCCAGCGCUUCCUGAGGGAACACUUGACUGUUGAGGGGCAGGAUCGGCCGUACAUGCUGGUGCCGGAGCGGGCCUACAAUAACCUCCGCGGGCCUUACCCAUAUGGCGUGGAUCCGGUGUGGAACUUGGCCGAGACCAACAAGUUAUCUUUCCUGAACUCCAUGAAGAUGAAGGUCUCCGUGAUCUUGGGCGUGGCACAAAUGGCUUUUGGGCUGCUGCUAUCGCUAUACAAUCAUCGAUAUUUCAAAUCGGAUUUGGAUAUCAACUUCAUGUUCAUCCCCCAAGCCCUCUUUCUCGGCUGCAUCUUUGUCUAUCUGUGCGUCCAGAUCAUUGCGAAAUGGGUGCUGUUUACCGCUGAGCCCGGCUACAUUUUUGGGAUUGAGUAUCCAGGCGCGAACUGUGCUCCAUCGCUUCUCAUCGGCCUGAUCAAUAUGUUUAUGCAAAAGCCACGCCCGUCUGGCUUCGAUACUCCGGCUUGCUACUUGAAUUUCUGGUAUCCUGGACAAGACAAUGUCGAGUUCCACUUGUUGGUGGUGGCCCUCUUCCAAGUGCCAGUGAUGCUAUUUGUAAAGCCGAUUCUGCUCUGGAAGCGCGCCCGAAAUUCGAGCCUCGACGCGCCGCUAAACGAUGUAAUUGACGAAGCCGAGAGCGUCCGUGUCGAUAUUCACCAAGAGGACGUCGAGGUGAUCCACGCAGAAGAGUUGCCGCCCGGAUCAAAAGCCAACCACACGAGCCAUGGACACGCCUCAUCCGGACCGUUUGACCUGGGCGAUGUAAUGGUCUACCAGGCGAUCCAUACAAUUGAAUUUGUGCUCGGCUGCGUAUCGCACACCGCUUCGUACCUCCGAUUGUGGGCGUUAUCCCUGGCUCAUGCGCAACUUUCCGAGGUGCUCUGGACGAUGGUGUUCCGACACGCGUUCGCCUUUGACGGCUACACAGGAGCCGUGCUGACCUACGUGCUGUUCUUUGUCUUCUUCUUCCUCUCCGUCGGCAUCCUGGUCCUGAUGGAAGGCCUGUCUGCCUUCCUGCACGCGCUUCGUCUGCAUUGGGUCGAAUUCCAAUCGAAGUUCUACGGCGGCCACGGCUAUCCAUUCACCCCAUUCCGCUUCCGCAGCGUGCUCGAGGAGGCUCAAAAGGAUGACGACCAGUCC